AUGUCCUUCUUCAUGCCAACCCAUUUCCAGCACAAGAAGUCACAAAAUUCCUCUUCUUUAUCUGACUUUGACCUGUCGCUGUGGUGCUCCAUCAACCCAACCCUUGUCAAGUCCUCCUCCUCCCAUGCUGACAUCAGUGAAAGCAUGCUUGAUAGCGAGCAUGCAGUGCAGGGCUGUAUCCAACCAACUGCAUUCUUUCCCUGCAUACUUCCUAAGAGGAACCGGAAAUCCAAAUCAGACUUUGGCCUUGAAAAAGGGGCCCUCCCAGAACUAAUGGCGGAGCCAAUGAAUGCACGCUCAAUGUCAUUCGUCGGGACUCAUGGGUAUCUGGCCUUUGAGAGCAUCCGAGGAGAGGGCCAUGGGAGUGCAGCUGACUGGUGGACGUUUGGCAUCUUUUUAUAUGAGCUAAUGCAUGGGACAACCCCUUUCAAGGGGUCGGGAAAUCGAGAUGCACUUUUUAAUGUAGUAGGCCAGCCAUUGAAGUUCCCAGGGAUGCCAGUCAUGAGUUCAGCUGCCCGAGACCUCAUUCGCAGCCUCCUGGCGAAGGACCCACAGAAAAAGAUUGCAUACCAAAGAGGUGCUACAGAUAUUAAGCAGCAUCCAUUUUUUGAGGGGGCGAACCGGGCAUUGGUGAGGAGCUCCACACCAUAUCAUAUACCUGAACCAGUGGACUUUGCACGAUUUGCUCGCAAGGAAGUUCAUAAUGCUGGGAAGAAGGCCGCUGGAAAUGGCAUUAAUGGUAAUGGCGUAAGUAAGGGCAAUACAAAUGAUUCUUCGCAUCUUGAUUUCGAGUAUUUUUGACCAAAUAUUUUGACUAGUUUUAGUUAAAAGAUUAGUAAAAUCAUUGUUAUGCAUCCUCCUGGGAAUGAUUUAUCAAUAGAACUUUUUUGUGAGAAAGUGAAAGUUGUGUAUUCAAUCA